AUGCCCGCAAUGCUUUGCCUUUUCAACGCCAUUGGCUUCAGAAUGGGCUUUGGUAGUGAAUCCGCGAUGAAAGUUAAGAGGUCAAAGACCAAAUUGUUUCAGCAACUGAGCUGGAAUCGCGUACGAUGGCUCAGAAAGGCCCUCAGCUCGCCCUCGUCCAGUCAAGUGAAUGAGGCACCGGCAGAUGGGAUCUGGAACGCUUUGGUGGAGGUUCUGACACUCAGCGCCCACAUCCUCGCAGAGGACCCUUCUCAGUUGCCUUUCCAGGUGCUUGGACGCCUGCUGGGUUUCGAGGAGGAGCCUGGAGGCACGUCUUCAGAUGGCGCCUUGCAAGAGCUCCGCGCACGAGCCACCGGUGCCCUGGAGGCAGGGGUCUACCCUGUCUUCAACGGGAAAGAGCAGUGGAAAGCCAGCAUUUGUCCUGUCUCGCCCGGGACCUUGCAGGGCGUCGGCGGACCAUUGCAGCGCACCCUGCAGCUGCACCAGGAUUGGGUGAGAUCCCUUGCUGUAAACCGAGACGGGACGUUGCUGGCCAGUGCUUCAAACGAUCUCUCAGUGAAGGUGUGGGAUUUGACACAAGACUGCCGGAUGCUCCUGGAGCUUCUGGGUCACCGGACGGCCGUCCUUACGGUCGACCUGAACGGCGACACGGUGUUGUCGGGGGACAAGGACGAGGCGAUUCUGUGGAGCUUGGAGGGCUCGUUGCUGAGGCGUUGGGGUGGUUUCGAAGGCGGCUUGAACGUGGUGCUCUUUGUGGGCCCCGAUGAGGCGGCAUUGGCAGUUCAUCAUGAGGUGCAGGUGAUCUCCACGAGCAGCUCCACGAGCUUCAAGACCGUUCGCCUCCCACACGACGUGCGUGUGGCCGCACUGGCCGCGAGAAACUUCCCUGGGUCAGCAGGCGAUUUGCUGCUGGCCUGCGGCUGCGUGGACGCACAUGCCACGCUCUGGAGGCUGGCGAAAGGCAAGAGUCGGAAGGGCACAGGGAUUGAGUUCAGCCCAAGUUUUUUGCUGCGAUUCCCGGCUGGUGAUCAAGACGUUCGUGCGAUCAGCCUCAGUGCUUCUGGAGAUUUGCUGGCAGCAGGCAACGAUGAUACCAGGAUGCGUUUGUGGAAGAUCCAGCCAAAGAAAGCAGAGAUCUCAAUAGAGCCCCUUUGCACAGCUGGUCUGCACACAGACUGGAUUCAUUCAGUGAGCACGGCCGAUGGGUCGCUGGUGGCCUCCGGCGCGGACGACAACUCCAUCGCUCUCUACGACGUUCAGGCGCAACGCCUGGUGGGUCGCGUUCGGAUCUUCUCGGGUGCCUUCUGCGUAGUGCUCUCACCCAACGGCCACUGGCUUUUCUCCGCAAGUGGAGACAUCCGAGUAUGGAGCGUGCCCAAGAUGAUCCAAGAAACACACAAGAGUCGCACCGCCUUCCGCCGCCACGUGGUGCCCAUCAGCGCCUUGGCCAUGCGCCGCGACGGCCGCGAGGCGCUGGCGGUGUCGGGCGACGUGGAUGAGACAGGAACGCCCAACGGCGGGCUGCAGCUGAGCCGCUGGGACUGCGCAACGGCUUCUCAGCUGUCCUUUUGCAUCAUUCCGGGAUCGAAGGAAGAUGAUGAUCGACCUCUUUGUUUGUCUUUGAGCCCCAAUGGCUCCGCUUGUGCUGUGGGUUGCGACACCGGGAAGCUCUGGGUCUUGGCGCUGGAUGGAACCGCUGUUUGGGAGACCGAAGCCCACAGCGAGCGCAUUCAUUGCUGUGAGUGGUUGGAGGAUGAUUCCAUUGCCACCGGAAGCGAGGAUGGCAGCGUUUGUUGCUGGUCUUUGGAGCUCCGCGCCUGUCGCGCGCAGUGUCGACCGUACGAGGGCAACGGGCCCGUCCGCUGCUUCGCCUGGACCCACGACCGAGAGCGGGUCUUGUGCGGAGGAGACUAUCAGCAUCCUCGGCUCGUGCACCUGGCCGGUCCCGGCGAAGAUGGCUACAUGGCCAUGGAGUACCAAGAUGUGUUGCGACAGGGGAAGAAACUGGCCUGCCACCCACCAUGCCCCAAGACAGCUUUGGUCAGCAUCUGCGGAGAAAUCGUGCUUGGAGUUGACGGUCAGCACCUCCUGCAGCCUUGCCCUCAGCUCGGACGACCGACGAGCGGUCACCUGCAGCUGGGACAAGGCCUUGCGUCUCUUCGACGUGGACACUGGACAGCUGCUGCUGGUGGUCACCCAGGUCUCCGAUUGGGUCGUCAAGGGCUUCGGUGCAACUUUGGCAGGCAGGAGUGGGCCAGCGGUGUGUCAGCUAUGCCUGGGAUCAACAGUUGCAGCUCUGGGAUUUGGGGCUCAGUGCCCGUGGGUCUGGAUGCCGUGUGGUGGAGGCCAAAGAUGCACCUGAGAGGCUGUGUGCCUGCCAGUGCGAUGCCUCUCUAG